UGUGGGACCCCCGGGGCUGUGGGGACGGGGUGUGGGGCCAGCAGGCAGUUGGGCCUCCCCAACCGCCCCAGGUGUGGGGUUUGAACCCGGCAACUGCCAGAACGGCUGAUGGAGACCCAGCAGGUGUCUCAGGAGCUUGGACUGAGCCAGUGGUUCCCUUCCCACAUGUUUCCUCAAGAGGGAUCUUCCUCAAGAGCCCCUGAGGCGUGGCAGGGGGCAGAGCAACACAAAGAACAACCCAGGGCUGGCACAGACAGAGGAAACUGUAAAACGAAAGGAGACAGCCACGAAGAUCUGACUGGGACAAAAGCAGGAGCACAACUGGAGCCUGGGGUGGGGAUAUUCCCGAGCCCUCCGCUUCACAUCCCUCCGGGCAAACUCAGGGAAAUAGAAGCUCAGUUGGUCUGUGCCGAUGAGGCAGACACCGAGUUCGGGUUUGGCGACUUGGCGUUGCCCGGAGUGACCCCACCAGCACAUCAGGCUCCUGCCAGACCCCCCGAGGGCAGCCCCUGGCGCUGCGUGGACGCGCGGCUUCAGCUGCUCCUGCAGGAGGGCAGCGCUCGGUGCAGGCAGGAGCAGUUCGCGGCAGCGGCGGCCAAGUUCUACACGGCACUGGAGCUUUGCAGUAGAGGCUUUGCUACAGAGGAUCCCUUGAAGUCCUCUCCAGAUGAUAUUUCCAGAGUUGCCAGUUUUAUCGAGUCAAAACUUGUCAUCUGUUACUUAAAACUGGGGCAGCCUGACAUUGCUCUGAGUCAUUCACACAGGAGCAUCAUUCAGAACCCCUCUUAUUUCCGCAAUCACCUCCGCCAAGCCGCUUGCUUUCGGUGCCUGCAGAGAUACUCAGAGGCUGCCAGGAGUGCCAUGAUUGCUGACUGUCUGUACAUCCUGGCAGGGGGCACGGCCCUGGAGACAAGUGACCUCAUCCAGCUCUACUGGCAGGCUCUGAUUCAAGAAGCCCUCAGUGGAGAAGUGUCUUUUUCCGUUCUGUACACCCCUUUUGAGAAAGAGGACGAGGCUGACAAAAUAAAGGAGGCCAAUAAAAGCUUUGCUGAAAAGCACCCUGAUUAUGUGCAGCACAUAUUCACAGAUCCUCACGGAAUUCACCUGUUGCCAGAGAGAGCUGAGUCUCUGCCUGACCAAGAGUACUUGCUGACUUUGGGCUUCAGAAACAGAGAGAUUGGAAAAACUGUGGAAAAGUCUGUAAUUCGAAAACUGCCCAUCUGUCCAGGUGUGUGUGGUGACACAAGCCUCUGUGUGUGGAAAGGACGUGUGCUUUUGGGGUGUGCUUCCUGCUGCACAUGCUCUGCCAGCAUCCAGAAAGGCUCCGGGAGUUGCUUUAGGAACAGAGUUCCGGAACAGGACCACACAGUUCAAGCAGAGAGAGUUUUCAGAGCACUGAAUGAUCCCAGCAAGACCAAACCUCUGAUCCAAAGAGCAGGUGGCAAAGCUGGUUUUACCUGGGAACAGAGAUGGGCACAGAGCCAGAGCUGCUCUGCUGCUGGGGACCAGCAUCUCCGACACAGAUUGGACCACUUCUGCUUCCUUCAAAGUAUUCCACAAUUGUCUUCAAGCUGGAAAUACGAUUUCAUAUUAUUUACAUCACGCAGAAGCUAAAUUAAAAACUUCUGCCAGACAAACUUCAGCUACAGAGUCGAGCCUUGCAACUUACUGUAAGAGAAUAAAAUAAUGUAUUUAGGGUUUAAUAGAACAAACAAUUCUUCCUGCCCUCUUCCUCAUUUGCAGAUGCAAAUGUACAAUCCAGCUUCUUGUUCUGAUCAGACUGGUUUUGACAAAACUAUCUCAGUGCUCAUUAAGCCAUGGCAACACCUAAGAGAAAUAAAUUCUGCCCCCUUGGUUUUGCAGCCACACAACCUGGAGUUAAUGACGUGAUUUUUACACACAGUGCAGUGGGUAAGAUGUGAAAGUCAAGGUUUAACACACUUAAAAUCUCCCACGUUCCUGGCUGCGUGGAGGUCUGAGAAUUCCUCUGCAGGUUUUAGUCCCUCCAGGGUCUGUUUGAAAACCAUGGAUUUGCCUGUCUGCACCCAGACAGUGAGCUGACACCCUGCACGCCCUCCUCAGCCUGCUCCCCAAGGCUGGAAAAGCCACCCAGGAAUUCAGGUGAUGUUUAAUGUGGGGGAUCAUGGAAAAAGCCCUUUAACAAAGGGGAAAACCGCAGUCGUGUUUGUUACGUUUGCCGUGAUGACGUCUUUGUUUUUCUGGUACUACCACAGAGGUUGUGGCAAGAAAGUCUUGCCGGCACAAACACGAUGAGAAGCCUGGAGGCCCAGGACUCCGAGGAUCAGGGUGUUUGUUCCCUGAGCUUCUCCUCUAACCUCUUG